GCCAGCAAAUCCCAGGCUGCAUUGCGACUGGGCUCUCCCACGCAGGACUACCAGUCCCAGCGUGCAGUGCUGCUUGUCCUCUGAAGACUCAUGUGCAUAGUGUGUUGCAGCCGCAAACUGCUGCUGGAGGGGCCUGGGAGCAGCAGAGGAGCAAGGCCUGGCCUUGGCUGGAUCUCCUGACCCGUGACCGCCCUCGCCCAGCGGGACCAUGCGUCUGACCGCCUUACUCGCCAUGGCGGCGAGGAUGAAGCUGCCCCCGGACUAUCGCCACGGCAUCUAUCGGCCCUGGACGGCGGCGGCCAAGGCCAACAACCCCCCCGGACUGAGACGCAAGAAGGUGUUUGUGGAGCCCAUCAGCAAGGAGGACUGGAAGGUGUUCCGCGGCGACACGGUGGAGAUAUUAACUGGGAAGGAUGCCAGGAAGCAAGGAGUGGUGAACCAGGUCAUCCGAGCUCGCAACUGGGUCUUUGUGCAAGGUUUGAAUACGCAUUACCACUACAUACGGAGAACCGCCAAUUACCCGGGGACGUACAUCGCCAACGAGGCACCCUUGCUGCUCCGACAGAUUGCCCUGGUCGACCCUACGGACAGGAAGCCCACCGAGGUGGAGUGGCGCUACACCGAAGAGGGUGAGCGAGUGAGGGUAUCUCUGCGAACCGGCAGGAUCAUCCCUUUACCCGUCUACCAGCGCCGGGACGGCAUCAUCCCAGAGCAGUGGAAAGAUGGGCCGAAGGACACCUCAGUGGAUGAUGUGCUGGACAGGACCUACCAGCCGUCCCUGAAACUAUUCGAAGAAGAAAUCCUGGAGCUGCAGGGCAUCGUGGAGACGCGCCGAGCCAGGAAGUCCUAUUGGUAUUAGCACCUCUGCAGCUGUCUCUGCCUGUGACCCCGGCGCUAAUGCCACGUGGCUCGUGGGCGGCUCGCUCUCCUGCAGUCCCCAGUGGUCUUCGUACCAGCCAGCCCAAGGCGAUAGCUGUGGCUGCAGGCCCCUUGCAAUCAGGGCCGGCCCCUCCCGCCGUCCGGCAAUAAAGACAUCCCGACCCCUUUUGUA